AUGGAAAAGUUCCGGUUUCGUAGAAUACGCUCACAAAGACAAAUGGAGCGACACAAAAAAGGUCAGAGCAGGUCACUGAAGCCCGUGUUCGUCUUUCCUCUGGAGCAUUCACAUAGACAUCCUGGGAUUGUUUUUAGUAAGGCAAUAAAAAGUUCAUACUGAUGAUUUGAGAAAUAAAGCUGUUUUUUUACUAAGAUGCCAUAUUAUCUUAUCCGUUGGCUCCUCUACUUGUGCGUCAUUCGUUGACACUUCGAAAGUGUGAAUAUAUUCGAAUAAGAAGUUGCAUUUGUGUCGAGAUUCCUGUCGCUCCAAAGGUUUCACAUCUGUGUUCGUGUGUGUAAAAACAUGUGGUACAUUCAUGUUCUUGUUAUUUUAAACCUUUUGAACAAUCACAUUUUAUGUCUUGAGGAUGGAAACAAACAGGAGGGGCUUUUCCUGGUCACUUUAUGUAUGGACAGUGUGUCUGUGUGUCACGGGUGAGAGGAAACCUGCUUCCUUGUACCAAAGGUAUUGUGAAGAGAGGGGGAGAGAUGCGUGACCCAGUUUCACAGGGGAUGGCGUGAGCGGGACACCGGAACUUUUGAAUUAUGGGUUAAUGUUUAAAAACUCAUAAAACAUUUCAGUCAAAAUGAACAGUACCUGAAAAUAAAAUAAAAGAUGAGUACAUUCAUCUUACCCUGGUAUUUGGGUACUCAGUCGAGGCACAAGCUAGUCUGAAUUCAAAUAGGGAUCAAAAUAUCACGUUACUUAGUUUAUUUCUUGUAAGAGAAGUACAGCAGGCCAAAUAGUAGUCCCGCCUUUUUCCUCUUCUGGAGCAAAGUCCGAGUGUAAGGGUGCAAUAAUUGCAUUUAUAUGUUUAUACAUGUAGUCUAUUACAUCCUUACUUGGAACAGCUAUUGUCCUUUGCCACACUCAUGAUUUCACAAAACUCCUUCAGUAAAUACAUUUAUAUGGUGUAAUGUCACACUCACCAGCUGCAACUACAAGUAGACUCAAGUGCUUGCGUAUAAAGUCUGCUACUUUAAUACCACACACUCCUGAAGUUAGUUCUGCAGAGUUAUCUCCUGAUUUAGUUUCCCCUUAACUUUUCAAACACUGUUGGAAAUCAUUGUUUGAUAGCAGUAACUUCUACAAAAUAACUACUGUUUUAAUCAAAUGGAGUUCAGCCUCAAAUCCAAGUUUUUCACUGAAAUAUACCAAUAUUAAAUUUUCAAGUGCUACAAAAAAAUGCAACUUUGACUGAUGUUGUGCCAGACACUUGAUGCUAGCUGGUAAAAUCUUUUGUUUCCUGCAAGUUCACUUAAUUUAUGGGAGAUAUUAUAGUUAUGUGUUGUUUUUGCAGGUAAAUGAGCAAAGAAACAAAAACAAACAAAAAAAAAAUCAGAGAAAAGGUAUGACAUCGCAGACAGUGAAAUGUUUACAAUGAGAAUUAACAGCUAAUUACUUUGUUCAAACACAAAGUUAACUAUAUGAACACGGCUUAGAGUGAUGGUGUGACAGCCUAUUGUCAAGUAAAAAAAUAGGACUCCUUCUGAAUCAAUAAAUCAAUCUUUAGUGUAACAUUAUUGAUUUUUUAAGCUGUGUCAAGUGGCAUAAUGGGAUAAACCGGUAUGUUCCUUGCUCUAUUGCUCAAAGCAAAUUCUCCCUUGGGGACAAUACAGUUCAUUUGAUCAUAUCUGAUUUUGAGUCUCAUUCAAGCUAAAAACAGAUUUUGUUUUGGGGAAAAUAUUUCAGCGGGCAAUGCUUGAAAUCGAUUUUGAUGUGUUCGAUAAUUCCUCAUUUGACUGAAUGAAACAGUCUUUUUAGAGGGAUUCUGACAAAGCAAAUUGUUGAUGCACACACUCAUGGAGACUUCAUUUUAGAUUGUCAGAGAUAUGGAACAAGUGGGAUGCCAAAGUCGACACAAAAAGUGACAGUUGCCUCAAGGAAAAAACUGAAGACUUUAGUCAUAUUAUGGAAAAAGACAAAAACUUUCCUGAGGCGGUCCAAAGUGAUAGAAAGGGGAUUGUUGUACGUUAUGCAAAUGAGAUUCCAGAUCACCUGAUGCCCUGGUUUAUUUUCCACCUGUAAUCACAUGUGGCUGUAUGUAUAUGCAAAACAGGCUAUUUUCACGUGCUGCAAGUCACAUGAUUGAACUUUAGAGCUAUCCUCUGACAAGAAAGAAAAUAAGGACAUGAGAAGGCCAAGCUGUCAAACCUUGGAAGUGUAAAAGUGAAAAAUUUCUCUUCAUUUGUCCUCCAGGUGAAGGGGAAUUAAACACAGUUCAAUAAAAAGGGCACUUUGUUGAUAAUAAAACCAAAGUACACUCUCUGCCUGUUAUAUCUUCUUUUAUUCUCAAGGUGUUUGACCUUAUUUAUGCCACCAAGACCUCCAUUUCCUCUUCUGUUAGGAAAAAAAGGUCACCAUGUUUGUUCCCGGUGUUAAAGUCUACUUCAAAUCUCAUCACAGACACAUUUCACAGUUUGCUUUGAAGUUCAGGUUGUGCUUCAAGGCCUCAGGUUUUAUGAAAAUCUGUUUCUGUCAGAAAAACAUACAAAAAGGCACAGACAGAAACUGUUGCUUGAACUUCUUUGCCAGAAACAACCACCUGUGCAGAUGAACCUCAUAAAGUUACUCCGGCUUUUUAAGAUCAGUGCUACACAGCCAACAGAGGGCAGCGACACUCUGACUGCAGCGUUGUUUCAGCUCUCUUUUGUGUCUGAUUUCACUCACCUGAAUCUUUGCACCAGCUUUUGACUUGCAGGGUCGUUGACAGGGCAUCAUUAAAUCUGUGGGUAAGCCUGUUGAUGAAAGAGCUCUGUCAUUUAUUUAGUCUGUGCUACAUCGGCUUUUCAGCCUUCAUUUUUCAACCUCUCUUGUGUGUUCCUAAUUGGAUGAACAUUUGUUCAAACACACAGCCUGUAAUCCAGGUUUAAAGAAAAGAUCUACUUCCAUCAUCACAGCCUGAGCAGUGGUGACAAGGGCUUGCUAUUCAGUGCACUAAGCUGAGGCAGAUGCACUCAUUAACCUGUUCAACCCACCAAAAUUAAAAGUAGAACAUCUAUACAAAUACUGCUUGUUUAUUUUUCAAUUAUGCUUUUCAUUUCAAUAAAUAGAAAGGUAUACUUGACUAAUGAUUCUGAUUAAACAUGGAGCCUGAAUGAUUGAAAUUUCAAGCCUUGACUGAGCCAUGCAGUAAAUGACUUGAUCUAUGUAAACUAUGCAUACUAUGGAGAUAUAGAAGAGGUGAUACACCUUUGAGAUUCAUAUAUGUAAUAAUUUGAUAAUAGCCAUGCAACAAAUAAAAAAAUGGUAACAUGGAUUUAUCAUUUGUAUGUGUAGCAUGCAUGUAUGGUAGCCCAGAGGGGAUAUGCUGUCAUACGUUUAAUUUAUUGUUAAAGCUCCUGUGUAGUGUUGUGUCAUUCGCGAUCGAUUCGUUCAAAAGAACAGAAUCUUUUAAGUGAACGUACUAAACCAAAUCACUUCCUUGAGUGAUUCGUUCAUUUCUCACUUCAGUCGAGCUGAAGUGAGAAACAGCAUUGCCAGUCGAGUAGCUGGCGAAUGAGGGACUGCAUGAACUGACGCCUGAAUCACUUGGUGAACGAAUCACGCAUUGAACUACACUCUCUGGAAUCAUUUUUGUCAGACAAAACUACCUUUUUUUUCACUGCUGAAUUGCCCCCAUAACAACUCACAUACAAUAGGACACAGCAUGUAACAAGAAGUGCAUUAAACCUGCAGCCUCCUAUCAUUGCAGCGGUUUGCGAGGGAACGGUGCAUGUUCAGUUAAAAUUCUUCUAAGCGUUCAGUGAACGAAUCACUCACUGACCCCAAUUUACUGAGCAGACCAUAGGACAGUACAUUGAAAACAUUGUGACUUAUAAACAAGGUCAUUUUUACAAACCUGUUUGCCAAAGCAACACAGCCAAACACUCUCAUCUCCCAGUCCAAUAAGCUAUCGAUUGAACUGAAUCCUGAACUGUUCAGCUGUGUAUCAGUUCAGGAGGUCGGAGUCACAGGCUUCUCCCACUAAAUGAUUCGGUGAUUCAGUGAACGAAUCUUUUGAAAGAAUCUUUUUAGUGAACUGAUUCUAGUAAUUCAGUAGAUCUAAAAGAACUGCUGUGCCCAUCACUACUCCUGUGACAAAGCAGUCUUUUGUCAUCUACAUAUUUCAGUUGUCUCUUUUGUCAAAAGUCUUAUCCUACUGACAUUUAAUAGCCAAACGUGAUGUUUAAUGUGAAUGUAAAUUAAUUUCCGUCUAUCUCAUUAACUCUGUAAUAUUAACCUAAUUCUUCCGCAACCAGAAAAAGAGAGAGCUGGCCAGUUUCCUCGCAGACCUUGAGUGAAAUUACAAACAAACUCAGUUUCCCAGAAAUCUGCGGGGUGGUGAGCCUCCAGGAAGUGGAGCGUACACAGGGUUCGUUUCAAUUUUACACUCGGAUACACCGCCAGCCGCCCUGCUAGGCAGAGUCAGCACUGUAUAUAAAAAAAGAAGACACAUUGUAGAGUUUUCUGAUUACCCUGUUUAACCUGCUCUCUUUUCUAGAUAAAAGCACGUUACAGCCAAACAGGUGAGCCCGAAGAGCAGUUUUAAAAGACAAUUCGUCGUUAUGGUGUCGCAUGUAUACAGUCGAAAAGGAUUAUUAACGUUAAAGUUGUAUUAAAAACCGCUUUGUAAUCGAUACGUUAGCUUAUAAAUUGGUUAUUAUAUGAAUAUCGGGGAUUUUUUACAUACUCCUGCUUAUUUAGCAACAUGUUCUCCAACUGUCGGGUACCUCACCAGCACAUAACGUUCACAACCUAACGUACACAGUGUACAGAUACAAACAAGCGUCUGAGUCCUCUGAGCAGCGGUAAGCUUCAUGCUAAGUGCAGUUAGGAGCUUUUAGCCCCUAAACUCUAAUGUUAAUGUAGUUUCAUAGAUGCUGCGGCUAAUUCAGGCCUUCUGUGUGACAUCCUAUGUGAUAAUGUACACAGACUUAGUGACUUACGUAGUUACCUUGUGUUCGGUCAGACUGGAGCAUACUGGUGAUAAAAGACUGAAUUGCCUAACUGUUGCGGGUCAUGUUUUGUGUCAUGUGUCAUCUUACCUCAUGUGCACCACGGCACACUCGAGCUGUUUGCACUAAAUGUACGUAAGUUUCAGCCAGUUCCACUUCGCUCCAGCACCUCUUAAAGGGGCUCAGGGCACAGUGUUAACAUGUAGGGGAGAGUGGGGUAAGUUGAGCCACCCCCUGUUGCUUGGAAAUGGUCAAAGAAAUUGAUCAUGUGACCAAAUAUUUAGGAGAUGGGCAUCAAUUCAUGGAGUCUGUGAAGGCCAGAAGCACAUGGGUGAAGGGGUUAGACAUUUAUUUCCAAAAAAACAUAUUUCACUCCUGAAAGUGAAUUUAGUCUGUCAUCAGUUUUAUUAGAAUUGUGUUCAGAUAAAAAAAGAUCAUUUUAAAUUUGUUUUAUGCAUCAGUUGUGGUAUCUAGCAUUAAGCUCUGUAAUGGCUUAAUAAUGAGCUGAUCAUUUGAAUCAGGUGUGUUGGAGCAGGGAAACAUCCAAAACAUGCAGUACAGUGGGGGCUCGAGGACUGGAUUGAGAACCACUGACUGAGACCACUUUUUUUGGCAUGCCAUAUUAUCAAGACAGUUAUGUUUACACUCAGUCUGUUGUUUUGCAGGGAUGCACAACAAUGAUUGCCUUGAUGUAGUGAUCCGAAAUAUGAAAAUCGGCUCAUCUUACCCCACUCUCCCCUACGUUGGCUUCAGCCAGUUCCGCUUUGCCCCAGCACCUCUUAAAAGGGCUCAGGGCAUAAUUUUGACAUGUAGUUGGGGGUGCAGUGACAAACAGUGUUCACAAACAAUUGUUUUUGGACUUGAUUUUGAGCUCAUGCAGUGAUUUCCACUGCAGAGUCAUAUAUUUUUCAUGCAAUGCAGCCCAAGGACUUGAAAGUCAUAACCAUCCAGUAACAAUUGUUGGCCUGGGCGUUUUUGUACAGGAACAUAUCCAGCCUCUCUGAAUCUUUUGAUAAAAGUGUGUACCAUAGUUGCUGAAAUCCUCAAAUUCUUUGCCAUUUAAUAGAAAGGAACAUUAUCCUGAAAAUUCUGAACUGUUUCCUCACCCAGUCUCUCGUACAAUGUUUGACCUCUAACAUGUUUACCUACUCUGCAAAGAUGUUUACUAUCUUUCUAGCACUGAGCAACUUUGUCCUAUUUCUGGUGUCCCUGAACCAACAUAAAACAUGUAGCUGACAACAAAUCCAAAAGAACAACCCUCAUUUUCAUCCUCUUUAUUUGGUUUGCUGUCUCUCCACUUCUUCCAGUUAGAUAUUGUCCUUCACAGCUGUCUUAUUGAAAUGGGGCUGUACAUUCAGUGAUUAUGAUGUGUAACAUAUACACACAUCAACUAAACUCUGUUUGAGAGGCUGGAGUCAGAGAGAUGUGAGCGGCUUAUUUAUUUCAGGCAGCAGUAUAGACAGUGUCCUCAUUAAUUCAUUAUAUUAAUGGCCGCCUAAAAACAUAAUCAGUGACUCAUCACUUUUUUAUGAUGAUUCAUAGUCUCUAACUUUUGUAAGAUGAAUGAGAUGAGUGAAUAGUAAAAAGGUGAGAUGUUAAAGCAGAGAUAUCACCUGUUUCAUUGCUCUUAUUUUCCUCUAUUCUGCAUUUAUGUGCGGUGAUGAACCAUUUGAAAAUCUUUUAUCGGACUAUUAAAGCUUUUGCAUGAUUAUUAUUGUACAAAAACAGUAAGAUACUGUAUAUGAUAAUAUCAGAAUCAGAAAUACUUAAAUAAUCCUCAGGGGGAAAUUGCUUUUGUCACAAUACUCCAGUGCAAAUACAGUAAAAGAGGAUAAAAUAAAAAAUAAAAUAAGUAAAAAUAUAGAGAUAAUAUACAAGUAUUUACAAUAAUAAUGCAGAAAUAUCUUUGUUCUGGUCUUUGAUAGUUGAAUACUUGCUCAGUUUUUAUGGUAGCGAACUGGAUACUCAUUUCUUAGACUUUGGACUUUAGACUGUUCAGAAAAAAAAUCUGACUGGGCUGCAGGCUUCACAUUUUGCUGUGGUAAAUGUGAGAAGUCUUAUUCAUAGUUUGAUGACAUUUUCAAGCCUUAAAGAUCGUCAGACAAAUCACAAGAUUUACUAAAAAGAAAGAUCAUUCUUUGUUGCAGCCACACAGCAUGAUCUGAAAAGAAAAACUGUGUGAAGUCUAAAGGUAACUUGUUGCUUUUGUGUUUUACUAAGAGGUGCUUUUAUUCUCUUCUUCACAGUCCUUUGGUCAUGGCACUGGCUGGAGUGAGGGUCAUCGAGCUGGCGGGUCUGGCCCCGGCACCAUUCUGCGGCAUGAUCUUGGCAGACUUUGGAGCCAAAGUGAUCCGUGUGGACCGGACAAAGGUGGCCAUGUCUCUGGACACACAGGGGCGAGGCAAACAGUCUGUGGCCAUCAACCUGAAAUCAUCAGAGGGUGUAGCUGUGCUGAGGAAACUCUGUGUCCAGUCUGAUGUGAUCCUCGAACCCUACCGUAAAGGUUAGAGGAAAACUGUGUCAUAAUCUGAACUGUUAGAACUGGUGAUGGAAGAAGUGAUGUACCAUUAUGUUAAUAUGAAGAAACACUCAAAUAGUAAUAAGCAACAACCCAGAUACACUGCCCUGUUGCAUUUUUAUGAAGUGCUGUGUUGACUGGAAUGAACCAAUUUUCAUCCUGUUUGGCUGUAAUCAGUGAGCAGCUAGUCCCCUCAAAUAUUUCUCAAUUGAAUAAGCAGCAAUUUUAUGCAAUGGGUACAGCAAAAUAAUCACUAUGCAACAAAUGUCCCUGCCAAUAAUUUUGUGCAGCCAUGUAACAAAAAUGAGCGGAUUUACCAAAACACUCCGAAGCGUGCAGGACCAGUUCAAACAAGACAGCUGACAGUCUGUGUGAACAGAGACUCCGGAGAGUAGGGUAUUUUUUACACUGCAUGGACGACACAGAGAGUUACAAAGGGCUUGCUUGGCUUCAUUUUGUUUUGUUUUUACUUUUUAGUGGCUGAUGCCGAUACUGAUAAUGAGAGAGGUUACCUUGGAUAGUAACAUGUUUUAGAUGGCUUUGUGGUGAAUCAACACUGUCAGAGAUUUGAUUUGCUGUACUUAAAGAUGGGAAAAACAUGUUAAAGAAAAGGAUGUUGAUACCGGCCUUGUGAGGGCUGAUGUCAGUCCUUUAGUUUAGCUAAGUUUGUCGGUUUGAAAUGAGAGGGACCCUGCGCAACACAGGCUGCUGGACCAGAGUUACAUCUGUGGUCCCUGGACAGGAAGAUCUGAAAACAUGCAAUACACACAAUUAAGAAGAAACAUAACAGCAUCCAUUCUGUUUCCUUGACUCCCCUUUCAAAAUACUAAGUCAGCCCAAUUUCACAGCUGACUGAUCUAUCUCUAAAUAGACUGGUGCAUAUAUGAAUAAAAACACCUGCAGAAAAAGACCAAAAAUUUGUCACAAUGUUUUUACUUUUCACCAAAACAUCUUAAGUUUUAAAGUUUUGACUACUUUUGUUUUAGUUUUAUCACUUUAUUUGUUAUAGCUCUUUUCAAUACAGGUGUCAAAGCUGCUUCACAUUAGACAAUUAAAGCAGACAGGCAAUAAAAGAAGAAGAAGAAAACAAAUGAUAAAAGCAACCAGGCAAUGAAACAAACAGGAAAGCAUCUAGACUGUCAAAUGAAACCAAAGCUGAAAGUACGAAAAUUUUAGAAAAAAGAAGUCACAGGAGUAAAGCCUUUCUGCUAAAAUUGGAUUUGAGUUUAAAAUAAAAAAUCUGAAUCUUCUCUGACGGGCUGAUCCAGAGUCAGGGGGCUCUGCCACUAAAAGCUUUGUUACCUUUGGUUAUCAGUCUGGACCUUGGAACAGCCAGCAUAGCACUAGCAGAGAAUGACAGACUGGGGACUUCGACAUACGGGGAGCGGCUGGUCCAUGUCUGGUCUAAGAGUGAAAAAAAAUCUGAAAUGCAUCCUGUAUACAAUUGAUUUGAAGGCAGUGGGUUCAUAUUUAAUGAAGGGAAUUGUAAGAAAUAAAAGUGUGGAUGAGUUUCCCCAGAGUUUUGGCUGACUGUUAUGACUUCACCUCUGCUUGUUUCUCAACUAAUAAACACAUUACUGGACAAAUCAGCGAUGACACCAAGGUUUGCUUUUGGGGAAUGAUUAAAAUCUUUUCGGGACACUAGCAAUCAAUCAAUACAUGGUUUCAUUUCUGUGGGUCAGUAAAUGAGAGUUGUGAUGUCCAAUCUCGAUACGAAGUUGCAUGUCUCCAGCACAGCACUUUAGGUCUCGGUUGUUUAUUGACAGAAAUCCUCUAAAGGGGAAGUUUUGACUCAAACUUACAAAGAGUACAUUGGGCCUAAUUGUGAACGGUCGUGGCGGUGCCGGGUCUUAUCAGGCCACUGCACAAGGGCAUUUGCGGAGCAGUGAGUGUUGCCAAGUAACCCAGUUUUAUGUUGUCUAAAAGUAUGGUUCACUCAAGCUAAAAGAAGAAAAUACUCAAAAACAAACGCAGAAACUCAAGAGUUAUGUGCAGAACACAGUGUCCUCAACAGGAAACUGAACACAGACACAAACAAAAGCGAUGUUUGAGAAAAGUUUUGGAGAUCCAUAACCAAAACCAUCACUGUUAAGCAGCAUGAUUGUGAGAAUUCCUCCACUUUAACAGGAUUUAAUGAUAUUGACAGGUCAGAGCUGACAGCCUCAUUUACGAAAAAAAACUUGAGAGCAUUUAAAUCGGGUAGAAAAUAUGAUAAUUAACUGCAUUAGAUUACAUUGUAUUUGGACAAUUCAGCUGAAACAGCAAUGUGGUUAAAUUAAAUUGUAUUUGUUUUAUCGGAUCAUGUCUUCUAACCCUUCAGGUGUGAUGGAGAAGCUCGGCCUUGGUCCUCAUGAGCUGCUAAAGGAAAACCCUCGCCUGAUCUAUGCCAGGUUGACAGGAUACGGCCAGAGUGGAAGUUACGCAUCCGCUGCUGGGCAUGACAUCAACUACCUGGCUGUGUCAGGUAACUACAACAUCACACCCACCAGUUUUUUGGAUAGAAUAUUUUUGCACUGUACUUCACAAACUAAUGGAGUAUUUCACAGCUUUAUGUCUUAGGCUGAUGGAUGAUUUUCCCUUUCAGCAAAUGAUUUAUCAUGGACCUGAGGGGUGAAUUUGUUUAAAGCUUUAGUAAAGUUAAAGCUGACUUUUUUGCAUGGUUAAGUUUCCCAUUUUUUGGCAGCUUUUGUGCUUUAAAAGCAGCUUCCUGUUGACAAUUGGCCUGUAAUCCACUCAAAGUAGUAUUAUGUAAAUGUCUGAGGCUUAAAAAUCUGGCUGUAGUGAGACACAAAAAAUUUGGCAGCGCUUCAUUGAGGACAGCGGACCAAGCUGUGGUUUGGAGAUCAUAUUCCAAUGUCAGUUAAAUAUUUGUAACACCCUUUUGAUACCACUAGGGGGCGAUACAGAUUACACAUGGUACAAACUGAAAACCCGACCACCAGACAAACAAACAGUAACUUUUAAAAUGGACCAAGCAAGAGUGUUAAUAAGUCUUCAUUGGCACAUGUUUAUAGCUCUUUAAUCCCUUGUCUGUUAUUAAUGCCCCACACUUCACAGCAAAUGUUAUCUCAAAAUGCUUAAGCAAAAAAGCUAAUCCCAACCAUCCUCCUCCGCUGCUACACUGGGUUUAGAGAGGAGAUAAAGGGAGAUGCAGAGAGAGAGAAGGAUGGACGGAGACAAACAACAACAACACCAACAGCACAUACAGAUGUGUGGUUACAAUGCCAGAGAUAAUGGAGCGAGUAAGUGUGCUAUUUACAGGAACAGCGUGAUAAUGAUGAUAGACUGGUCUUAGUAGAAUAUCCCUUUAAAUCCAACUCACGUUGAUUUGUUUACAUGCUUUAUAGUUAUUCUUUGUUGUGAAAGACACACUGUGAAACGAUGCACGUCUGAAGAGAGAAAUAAAAAAACGUUCUUAUAACAUCAAUCUCAUCACCCCCAGGUCACCAACAGCUGCUUCUUAUGUAAGCUUGUCACCAGAAUGCCCACUCAGAGACACGGCAUAACAGAACAAUAUUAUAAAAACACUUGCAUACAUCAGAAUGAUUAAAAUCUUAGGCCAAUUAAUACAGUAAUUAAAAAAAGCCGGUGGGAAUUAAAAGCAUAGCUGUCUGGAGGAGAUGCUGUCAAUGACUAAUGUGAAAUACGGCCCUUGUUAUGUGGUUGCAGGGCACACACAGAGCAAAACAGAGGGAUCUUUUUUGCUGUGGGAACACAGUGGGUUUGCCUUUAAAGCUGGCACCCUGUGGAGGUACAGAAAAGAAGAAAGAGGAGAAGAACCUCACUCAAAUAACAAAACGGGCCCAGAAGCCCUGUAAAAAAAUGUUAAAAAAAUAAGUUCAACAGUUGUUUGGCUGGAUAAAUGGUGGAAGUUGCUUUUGUUAAAAUCUGCACAUAGUACAUAUUAAAAUAUUCCCAUUAGCUCGGGCUCUUUUCUUUUGGCGGCUUGACCACACCACCGGGACUCGAAAACCAGCCCAGGAUUUUGCGAUGUAUUACACUAUGUGCGACACUUUAGCAGCCUCACAAAAACACUGCUCCCAUGAGAACAGGUGUAGCUCAAAAUAUUUGAACCCUUUAGAAAAGUUCAUUUUUCUCAUAAUUAAAUUUUUAGUGAGAUUUCCAUAUAUCCUAGAUUCAUCACACCCAAAGAGAAAUACUUUGAGACUUUUUUUCAUUUGACUCCUGAUGGAGACAGCUCACAUAAAUCAAAAGUCCAGUUUCCUGUCAGUCAUUUCAGUCCUUGAAAAAACCUCUGAUCGGCUCUUCGAGUCUGAACACCUGCAAAGGUUUGCUGAGCUUUUAUUCUCUCACUCUGGUUCAGUCUGUACAACCACAAUCAUGGGAGAGCCUGCUGACUGCUGUGUGGCGUUCCUGCCGUUGAGCAACUCCUGAGCCAGAGAUAACAUCAUAAACGUCUCACCUGGAGUAAGAGGAAAAAGAACUGGACUAUUGCUCAGUGGUCCAAACUCCUGACCGACUGCUUCUUGCAAUAUUUCACUCGGUGUGUGUGAUGAAUCUACAAUAUGUGAAAGUGUUACAGGAAAAAAGUUUUUGAGCUGCACCUCAACUGUAGAGGUCAGAGAAGUUGAACAGAAAAAGGUGGGCUGAUGAAGUCUGCUGCCCACUUGCCUUAAAUGCUAGUUCAAUAAUAUCUUCACAUAUGCAUGUCCUUUACCCAGAAUCAGUGGGUUUCAUGCUCUUCUCAGUCCCCACAUCACCCCCUCCUAAACCAAACAGAGUGGAUAUAUUGAGUGUAUCUGACACAAACAACCACUGAGAUGCAUGAUGUGAGAAUAUUAGGACCUAAAUCUCUGGAGAAUAUCAAGAAAAUGUCAAGAGUCCACAUGUGAAAGGGGGCGUCAGUCUUCUCCUCUUUGUUCCAGGACUCUUGUCCCGGUUGGGUCGCAGCGAGGAGAAGCCGUACGCUCCGCUGAACCUCGUAGCAGACUUCGCGGGCGGUGGUCUCACCUGCGCUCUGGGGAUCGUCCUGGCGCUGCUGGAGAGGACAAAGUCGGGGAAAGGACAGAUCAUUGAUGCUAGCAUGGUGAGUAUAUUUGUUUGAGGAGGUGUGUACUUUAAUUUGUCAGGUUCAGCUCAGAGCAUUUAACAAAGUAUUUAAUUGACUUGAUGAGUUUCGACAGAACAAAGUUUAAUUAAAUUUGAAUCCAAUUUCAGAGGCUGUGUCAACAGUUAAUCAAAACAGACUUCAAUGAUUUUCAGUCACAACAUCGAACCUGAAAAUGUUCCGUUUUAAGAAAAUAGAUAAAUGCUAGUUUGAAUUUUGGUACAAGCAACACAUUUCCACUUCACAGCAGAGAACCCACAGCCAGAGUCAGCUUUUAUUCGAUAAGUUAUCAGUUGGCCGUCUUUCAGCAAAAGUUUGAAACCCUCCACAAAGCGCAUCAGUGUGUGAAUCUUGCUGAAGCUGCUAAAACCUUCACUCGACUCCAGCUGACAGAAGUGCUCUAAUGAACAGCUUAAGGUGAUUCGGAUGGAACCAUGUGUCGAUAAAUCUUCAGAAAAGUGCAAAUUUAAAACCUUCAACUCGCUGCGUUUGAUGAGAUAGAUUGUUCUUGUGUGAAAUGUUUGACUCAUUUAGCGUCAGUGCAGCGCUGAGCUCAUUACACAUUAGUUUCUUUAGUUUAUUUCCUCCAGAAAAGUUUAGUUUGAUCUUUCUGAUUUCAGUUGAAGUUUUAUUGAGUUUGCUCUGUCAUUUUUGAAUUCUGCUACUUUGUAUUAAAAAUGAACAAUCUAUCAACCUUUGGCAGCAAUUCAGAAAAUGUUUCAGCUCUUUUCACUGAAUCCAAACGGCCUCAAGGUUGCAUGUUUUGGGAAAUGCCUGUUCUUUUUUCCUAUUAAAAGUUGGCUCAACUAUCUCAGACUUCAAGGUCAAACCCUGUGAUCCUUUUACUGACUUCCUUUGUCUGGUCAUUAAAACUGACAUCAAAUUCUGAUGUUCAUUUCUGAUUCAAUUUACUCAUCUAAAGGUAGAAAAAUUUGCAACGUUUAUUUGACACAGCAGAACACAGGAUUGCCGAGUCUGCAUGUAAAGGUUAAACUGUUUUGGCUUGUAGAGACUUGAUGAACGCUCAAAAAACCAGUAAAAGAUACUCAGAAGAAUUCGAAUUUAUGUUUUUGUUAGGGUAAAUGACGCACAUUUGGCCCCGUCAAUGCUGUUUAUCAGUAAAAAUCACAUAAUUGUGUCGACCCUGAGUGGCAGCUCAGGUACCAAAAUUCAUCACAGACUGCUCAGAAACGAUUGAAAAUGGUUGACCAUUUUGACCCAGACAGGCUCGAGCGAACAGUGUUUUUUUUCCUCACUAGUUUUACUCAAAUCAUGUUUUUCUCAUCUGUUUUCAAUAACAGCUUAUCUUUGUGGGAUUAAAGGCUGGGUUAGGGAUAAGGUCGAGUCCAUCUCAGUGCACACUGAAGCAGGUGUGAGGCAAAGUCAAUUUACACUGCAGGGGUUAUCAGAAGGCUCACAGGCAUGGACUCGCAUCUUUAUUUUGCAGAAUUAUUUACAAGGAUGGAUUUGAGACACAAUUUUAGCCACUUGAAUAGAAGGAGAUGCAACCUAAAACACUACCUGAAAGGGGUCAUAGUGAUGCACCUAGAAAAAUAUAUCUGCAGGCAGCUGGUCUUGGCUUUAUAAUGCUGUCCCUUUAUCAGAUUUCUCUCUAUAUCUAUAUUUGGUUUUGGCUUACUCGCACAGCUCUAAUGUUCUGUAUUUCAAAGCAGCAGCAGGCACCUGUUUUCAACAAAGGGGCUCUUAAAACCCUCCUACAUUAGCUGAUUGGCAUCUAACAGCAGGAAGAGCCUCUUAGUUACAGCAAGCUCGGAACCAGAGAGGAUUUUUUUUUUAGAUGUUUAAGUGCCCAAUUUUCCCCAGAAAAUAGCAGGGGUUUCCUAAAAGCUUAAAGAGGGUCAAAGACAGUGACACAUUCAUUCAACAGGUGGGCGGAAACAAAACUUUUAGAGGCAUUCAUGUUCUGUAAGAGUUUGUUUGUAGGUGAUGAUUUGUCCACAUCCUGUUUGUUCUGCUCCUAAAGGUCUGAAAGAUGGAUUUAGUAUCUAUACAAGAGGGACCCAACCACUCUCGACACUGAUGAAUCCUUCAACGUGCAACAUGCUGCACAUUCUUCUUCUGUCAGCUUGAAGCCCAGUAGACUUGAAAUAGCAGACUGUGAAGAUGGAAGGUGUGAACCAAAGUGAUUGAAGGGGUGUAACUUUCACACAGAGAGCAGAAAAGAGCGAGUGAGAAUAUGUCUCUUCCAUCUCCGUCUUUCAUUCUAUAGAUUGUUUCUUCUUCUUGUUCUGCUACAUUUGGCUUCUCCUCCGCUGUGGGUCAGAUUGAUUGAUCAGGGAAUACAGUUGGAGGCAUCCUUUUUACCACUGUGUAAGCCAUUCUUGACAGUCAAGAUAUUAACGUAGCAGACGCUGGAUCCUGGUGGUUCUUUGUAAAUAUUCCUGAUCAAAAAAUACAAGAGAGAAGAAAACGUGAUGUGGCUUUAUGAUGAGCAAUGCACAAGAUUUUAAACCUGCCAGACUCAUCAAUAUUACUUAUUCAUAUAAAUUACUUCAGAGUGGACACUUGUGUGUCUCUAGAGUUCAAACUGACGGUAUUUGUCCCUGUCAGCCAUCGUAAAGGGUUGAAUCGCCAACCUUACAUUAAAUUACAUUUUAAAUGUCUUUGCGGGUGACUGAUUACACCCCAUUAGGAGCAUUCAGCUAAUCAAGUUUGCGCUGUGUUCGGCUUCGGUUUUAUUCUGCUGUUAAUAGCAGCUGAAGUAAUUGCACAUACACCAAUGGAGACUUGAUUAUAUGGCUGAUGAGGGGACGACGUUUAUUGAAUUCAUGUCAGCGGGGAAGCUUUUGUGCAGGUUUUUCUGAGAAGCUUUUAUUCAACUAAGAAUAUCCAUAUUUAACUGACAGUGCAACAACAUUUCACAUAAUGUGAGUACAUUCUUCUGCUCUGGAGGCAGACUUCAUGAGUUUGGUCUAUUUCCAACCUAAACACGAAUUAAAGCAACAAAAAAGAGUACCUAACCCUUUUUUAAAGUCCCACUCCGAUCAUUUUUUUUACUACUUUAAGUGUUCUCAGUGGUCUUUAAAUUGUGAUUAUGAAGUUUUCAGCCAAAAGCACAUUACCUGUGUCAUUUUCAAGGGCUUUUCUUCUGCAGAGCUACGUUAGAUCAUUAACAAUUCGCACCCUCCUCUUCACGUUAGCCUGUAAGCCUAACAUUGCUGGUGUAGUAGAAGUGGCAGGUAACAUAGGAGCCAUUCAGCUCUUGGACACUAAUGUGUUUGGGGACAUGAUGAAAGUUAAUAUCAUAUUAAUAAUAAUACAUUUUAUUUAUAACCCGCUUUUACAGGUGCUCAAAGACGCCUUACAAAGAAAAAGAAGAAAAUAAAAUAAAAAAACACGAUUCAAAAUACAUCCAGAGGAUGGGUACGGCAGCGGAGAAGGCUCAUAAUUAGCUUUCUUACGAGCAUUCCAUUUACUAACGCACGUUUGUUCUGGAUCGUCCUCUGAAUAGCAGGGCUUUGGGGGCGGAGCUUGGAGUUGUGAUGUAGGAAAUCUCCCUGUUUCUGAACCUGCCCUUUGGGUCUGCCAGAGAUUCACAGCGAUGGAAUGCAGAAAGACUCAGAAAUGCAAUUUUGUACUUAUUUUUCUCAUGAUAUGUCCUGUAACAUCAGAAAAACAUGAUUUUCAUCAUUUUUUGGCAUUUAAAUGCAGUUUAAAAGGAUGAAUGAAGACCUGUCCAACCUCUGUCUGUUUUCAGGUAGAAGGAGCAGCUUAUGUAGGUUCAUUCAUUUGGAAGUCUCAAGCCAUUGGCAUGUGGGACCGUCCCAGAGGACAAAACAUGUUGGACAGCGGAGCGCCGUUCUACGACACAUACCAGACGUCAGACGGAAAGCACAUGGCUGUGGGGGCCAUAGAGCCGCAGUUCUACAGACAGCUGCUCAAGGGUUAGUACGAUUCAAAUACUGAUGUGAGGCACCUGUCAAGUGAACUUUGAAGGCAAUAAGCCACCUGUGUCACACAUGUGUAGGUCCCAAAGUCCUCUAAGAUUUAAGCCACAUGAAGGGGAAAGUGUGAAAUGUAACACUCCCCCAUUACUCCACCUAUCACCAACCUAUAGAAACAAGAGUAUGUGAGAAUUUGUGUCACUUUGUGUCAAGAAUUGUUUGAUUGUUUGCUAAAGACAUGGAGGAACACACGCCUUUUUCUGUACUGCUUCCUCUUAGAGUCAGCUGUCAGGGUGCUGAUGUAAAUGUGAAUCAGGUUUCAAUGCUAAACAGCUGAUUAAAGGUCAGCUGGUGUGGCAGGUCUCCAUGACAGCUCGUUUUUGGGGGGUGGAAUACACAAUACCCGCCACUUACCACACAGACAUGGAGGUUGAUGCAUUUUUACACAACAUUACCACAUCUUCGGAUGAAAAGUCAACAGAUGGGUAGAAAGCCAAUGAGGAGAGAGUUACCAAACUGGCAAGGCUGAUACACCACGCAUAUCAGCAACAGUGACUGACACCCAACCAUGCGGACAUGUUCAUUCGCCCUAAUGAGGGCUUGUAGGCAGAAAAUUGGAUGCAGUGGCAAUUUGUAUGCCUUCAUACGCAACACAGUUUCUCCCACUCAUCAUGUCGCUUCAGCAAAUGUUGGAAUGAAGGAAAGAUGCAUUUGCUUUGGGUUUUUUUUAAGAAAAAGUGAUCGAUCAUUGAGCUUUAACAUUUCCAAAAAAUCAAUUACAGAGAAUAUUUGAAUUUGGAGUCCUAGUCGAAAUGCAUACACAGUCAUAGAGGGAAUGUGCAGCAACAUUUAUCACUUCACUAACAGCCACAUAUGAAAAGAAAAACUCAGUGUGAUCUGUUUUAUUGAAUAAGGCGUGCAGUGAGGUAAGAAUUCAAGACGUUUGGUUUGUUCAAAUUCUGAUUAAUAAUGAUUCGAUUUUCUGUAGUUUAGUAGAAACCUGCAUGAGUGUGAGUGUAGAUUUCAGUUUUAAUCCUAAACUGCACAAACAGUGUUCAGGUGGCUGCUUGCUUACACACAUGGCCCUCUUGUCACCUGCACUUAUUCACUGAGAUGAUAAGCACACUGUGGAAAUCCAGCCAGGGCAGUUUUCACACAAUAAUUACACAAUCUAUCAAAGCACAGGCCAAAUUUGCCAGAUACGAUAAAACCAUUGUGUUAAAAGCUGACAGACACUGAUCAAACUUACAGAUGAUACCUGAGAGACGGGACGAGACCGCUGACUGACGUAAGCACACUAUGAAAAGAUCUGCGUGGGUUCUGUUAACAAAUCAACAUUGCAGUGAGUGACGUCCAUGCGUCACGGUAAAUGUGCGAGGACUGCAGGGAGGUUGCAGCUACAAUGAUUUCUAUUAUAGAGCUUCUCGGUUUCUCUGCCAGACUGUUUAUCCUCUCUGCUGUUGUUGUUUUAAUCAGAGAGGAGGAACCUUGAUCGGCUGUCUCAUUCAUAUGUAUUUUCAUCCACAGGGGGCUUUGCCUAGGUAUUCAGUAGAGGAAAAUGGAAACAUAUACAGUAUAUAUAUAUGCAUAGAUAGUGAUUUCCAAAAGAAAUAUUGCCUAUAAGCGUGCGCGCACACUUUUUUUAAAUAUCUGAAUCAUUUAUAUUUCCUCCCAGUUUCUAGACUUGGGGCGUGUAAACAUGGAUAGUGUAGUUUCUGUGCCCCCUUAUAUAGAUGAAACCCCUGCAGCUUUACUCAUAUCAAGGCUCCAUCUACUGUUCUGUGUUGGAAUUACACAUGUGUGCCGAAUCCCAGUUGUCUCAUUCAAAGAUUAAUUUAGUAAAAACGCAAUAUGUGUUACAAAAAUGUUGCAAAAUGCUUUACUGAAAUUCCCAUAUUGCCUUUAGUUUACUAGUGACUGGAAGAAAUGAUUUAUUGUGCAAGACUUUUAGUGUGUGUGAGCGUCCAAAACCAACUGAAGUAAUUCCUCUUAUGGAUUUUUUUUUCAAAAAACCAAGCGCACAGAGGCCCUUUUAUUACAAUAAUUGCUGCACAAGAGGUUUAAUUUUUCAAUCUUCUCUUCAAAACUACGACCAACUUUUGUUCACCGUCUGACUCAGCAGUGAGCCUUUUGAAUGAAAUGAUCAAAGAAGAAGGAGCAGGAUCUGAAGGUUUUUCAAAUAAAUGAUGAAAACCUGAAGUGCAGUUACAAGUGGCUUCACAUCAGGGACUCGAGUGGUCUGGUAGACUGUGGUUGCUGCCAGGCAAAAGCAUCUCCAUGAUAGACUUGAUUGUAAGCCAAUAGUUUUUUUGUUUUUUUUACUGAUCUUGACUCUUUCUGUGAUGUGAUGCAAAACCACCAUGAAUGGCUUUCUCUUUGACGUUUGACAAAUUAUGCUUGGCUGUGAAAACUGAAUGUGCUUUUUCUUUUGUGAUGUGCGCAUAUUGAGAAUUAAUGUGUGAAUAAGCCCAUGAGCGUUCUUUUACAUCUUGCUGACCGCUUGCUUCUCUAGUUAUACCAACUUUAGUAGCGACCGCACAAUAGCAAUACACAGCGGUCUGAGGAGCCAUGAGCAAACCUCAACAAAAACGCCACUCUAUAGCCACAAAUAAUGCUCAGAACAGCACCUAACUUCAUCAACAGUACAUAUAGGGUCCUAGUCAUAGUACUAGCCACCAAACAUCUUUUUAGCUUUGCUUAAUUUCUUUAGCAAAGAGACUAAACACAACUCACCUACUCUCUUCCAGCAGCCGCUUGUUUGUACGGAGACCUCAGGCCAGUUUCAGGAGCAGCAAGAACAGUAAAGUUGUGUUAAAUACACUUUAAACUGAGGGGAUAUGUCUUAUAAAGACUGGUUGCUACUUCUUUAAGCUGCACAAGAUUUCUUUGUUGUUACAUCACCUUUUCUUGACACAUUAGUCUGCUGUAUUAAGUGUUUCUCUUCCUCUAGGAUUAGAGCUGGACGCUGGAGAGUUGCCCCCUCAGAUGAGCCUGAGUGAUUGGCCAGAACUGAGACGGAUCUUCACUGAACGGUUUGCUUCAAAGACCCAGGAGGAAUGGUCCAAGAUUUUUGAUGGCACCGAUGCCUGUGUGACACCCGUGUUGUCUUUUGACCAAGUGAGCUUACACCCACAUAACAGGGACAGGGCUUCUUUUAUCAAAGACUCAAGUGGCGCUGAGAGCCCCCGACCGGCCCCGGUCCUCUCUCGGACUCCUGCUGAGCCAUCCCUCAUUUCUGAUCCUGUUAUCGGAGAACACACUGUUGAAGUCCUGAAGGAAUAUGGCUUUACAUCCACUGAGAUUGACCAAAUGCGGACAGCAGGGGUCGUUGAGUGUAAUGCUGUCAAAUCAAAGCUGUAA